AAUAAACUACGAGUUUACGUCACAUCCGUUCAGGAAGUUGUGUGGUAGCAGCGCAUGGCGUGUCAGAGCGGUCUCGUGCGUGUGGAGCUCCAAGGUGAGCGCGGUGUGUUCAGGUGCAGUCAGAGGUGUUAGACAUGUGGACGGUGUUCCGGGUCGGUGUCCUCCGGGCCGGGAGGACCGGAUGGACCGGGCUCCGUCCUCCGGCCCGCCGUGUCCCCGCCGCAGUGUCCGCUCGGUGUCUGACCCGGCAGCUGAGCAGCAGAGCCGGGAGGAGGGAGCCGAGCUGCACCGUGGACCCUCAGCUGGAGGAGAGGUUCGUGUUCGUGGAGUGUACAGAUCCAGAGGAGGACCACCAUCAGGAGGAGAAAGACUUCCUCCAUCAGCUGAGCCUCUCCUCCUCCUCUGCUCCUCCUCCUGGUCCUCCCGCUGCUCCUCCUCCUCCUCAGAGAAACCUGAGGUCUCUGGAGCGGCAGCUGCAGGUGUUGAAGGGUGUGUCCCAGCGGGAGGCGGAGCCUGACUCUCUCAUCCAGUUUCACGACGUGGACUUCCCGCUGGACGAGAGUGUGGUCGCAGCGAAGAAGAAGAAGAAGAAGAAGGCGGCAGGUAAAGGUGAGCAUAAAGUCUACGGCACCCCGGAUGUUGAUGAACCGGUGAGUGACACCUGCUGCUCCGGCUGCGGCGCCAUCCUGCACUGCACCGACGCCGCCGUCCCUGGAUACCUGCCCAGUGAGAAGUACAAGGUGCUGCUGCAGGAGGAGCGUCUGAGCAGCGCCACGUGUCAGCGCUGCCACCUGCUGACACACCACCACAAGGCCCUGAACCUCCAGAUGUCCUCUGAGCAGUACCGCGCCGUGGUGAAGCAGCUCCGCCCCCUCAAGGCUCUGGUGCUGCUCAUCGUCGACCUGCUGGACGUCCCCGACUCCAUCGUCCCCGACCUGCCCGAGCUGGUGGGGACCAACAAACACAUCGUUGUCCUCGGCAACAAGAUCGACCUCCUGCCCGGAGACUCACCCAGCUACCUGCAGCGAAUCAAACGCCAGCUCUCCCAGUACUGCCAGGAUGCCGGCUUCGGUAGUCAGGUGACCGACGUCCACCUGAUCAGCGCCAAGACCGGGUAUGGCGUCGAGGGUCUGAUCUCCAGCCUGCAGCGCUCCUGGAAGUACAAAGGUGACGUGUACCUGGUGGGCAGCGCCAACGCCGGCAAGUCGACGCUCUUCAACACGCUGCUGGAGUCCGACUACUGCAAGUCCAAAGCCUCUGAUGUCAUCCACAAGGCCACCAUAUCGCCGUGGCCCGGGACGACUCUGAACCUGCUGAAGUUUCCCAUCAUCAACCCGACUCCGUACAGGAUGUUCAAGAGGCAGGAGCGCCUGAACGCCACGUCGAGACAGACGGAGAGCGAGCUGUCAGAGGACGAGCUGAAGACACUGAGACACUUCAGCAAGCAGGGAUACCUCGUGGGUCGUGUUGGCAGGACGUUCCGGUCUGACAUCAGAUCCAGAGACGAUGAGAUCGAGUUUGAUCCCGACAGUUUGGCUUUUGGAGAAAAUGAUGACGGAGACAUGACGACAGCUCCUGGUAGGUCAGCUGAUGAGUUCACCUUCAACGAGCUGAAAGAUGCUCACUGGCUGUUCGACACUCCGGGAAUCAUCAAGGAACACGAUAUCCUCGGCCUGUUGACAGAACAAGAAGUGAUGUCAGUGGUUCCCUCUCAGGCCGUGGUCCCCCGGACGUUUGUGUUGAAGCCCAGUAUGAGUCUGUUUGUGGGAGCUCUGGCCAGGAUCGACUUCCUGCAGGGGGGGAAGUCGUGCUGGUUCUCGGUGGUGGCCUCCAGUCGUGUCCCAGUUCACAUCACCAGUUUGGAGAAAGCCGACAGCAUCUAUGAGAAACAUGCGGGACACGUCCUGUUGGGGGUUCCUCAGGGAGGGUCGGAGCGUAUGAAGCAGUUCCCAGCGUUGGUUCCUCAGGAGUUCAGGUUGGAGGGUCGAGGUUACCUGGAGGCCGCCGCUGACGUCAAGCUGUCGUCUGCAGGUUGGGUGGCGGUGACAGCGCCAGCAGAUGAUCAGGUGAUGUUGAGGGUUCACGGCCCGGCGGCGGCAGGUUUCAGUCUGAGGACGCCGCCUCUUCUUCCUCACAUCGUGUCCCUGAAAGGAGAACGCAUCAAAAAGUCCGCCGCCUACAAACCCAUGAAACCUGGGGGGCUGGUGGACGGAGGACUGUCAGCCCGCGGCGCCGAGAGGCUGCAGGUAAAGAAGAAAAAGAAGAAGAAAUCAACUCCGGCACCUGCAAACUGAGGGACGCUGUGGUUUCCAUGGUGAUGAUUGUUCACACUGCAGAGGACAUUCUUCUGCGCUGGAGAAACUUUUAGGGUGCGUUUGGAAAUACUCGCCCUGAGUACCGGAGCUUUUUCUGGCUCAAAUGGGAGCGUUGUUGGGAGUGUCCUGUUCAGUUAUUCAGAGCACCACACACUCAGAGCAGCAGAGCGCCGAGCAGAGUGAACGUGUGAUCAACUGUUCGUUAAUUCACGUAGAAAUAAAACGCUCAGUUUCUUCAAACGUCAGCGCUCUCAUUUCAGUGCAGAGCGUCAGACUGGAUUUAUGAACUGAGUCUGCAGUAAAGGACUUAAUGGAUGUAACAAUCGUGAUGUCACACUUCAGGGGUUGUCACUUCCUGUGUUCUGGAUCUUUGACUCAGUCGGAUCAUGAUGUCGAUAAUAUUUGGAUUGUUUGUGCAGCGCUUCAUUAUAAAUGUGUUUUAGUUUCUUUUGUAAAGACUGGUUUAUAUAUGUUGGUAUACCGCGCCACAAGGGGGCAGUAGACAUCCUGCUGAGAAAACUAAUGUGCAUGUUUUUGUGCACGUCUGCUGCUUCUGUUGUUAUAUAUCAGCCUCUGCUUGUGUUUGUUGU